UACUUUUGUGACAUUUCGUAAUUCCGUCCGUUAAUGACGGAACUGAAGUUGGCCUUCGCUUUUUCCGAUUGUUUCAUCUCGCACUAUGUGUUGGAAAAUGUCAGACAGGAUGUAAAUGAGGUGUUCUCUAGGUUAUUUGAUCACCGACCAUUUCUCAAGGGGGAAAUAGAGUAUUUUAAAAAGGAAUUUGAGGAGAAGCGAGGUGACCGAGAGGUGGAGCAUCUGUUUCGCUCCUUGGAACUCAUAACUGAAAUUAAGGAAGGCCAGAUUGAGAAGAUAGUUGGGUCCUCAGACGACAAUCUUCCACGGACAAUAGCGGACAUUCAGGUUGCUCUCCACAUGUGUGAAGACACCCUUGACACAGAGACAAAAUUCAUCUCAGAAGAGUUGCUUGCUAAGAAGAGAGGUGAACGAACUGCAAGACUUGCUAGUGUUCAACAGGACGUACAGGAGAAGUUGAAGGUGCUCGAAGAAACUUACCAAGAGAAAGAGAAGGCUAUGAGGGCUCGGUUUCAGCAGCUAGAGAGUCGUGCUGGAUAUGUUUAAGACCGAACCCUUCUGCUAUUUAUUUUUAGCUUAGUUUGAAUUUCACAACUCAACACUUUUACAGAACAUGCCUGCCAUGGACGAUCA